GCAUUAAUUAUCAUAUGGCCAUUGCGAGAAGAUCCGUUUUUGCAAUGGUAACAGCCAGCUGUCGUUUUGAAAAGUAACGACAGUUUCGAAAAAGAAAAUCGUUGUACCGCAGUGUGGGGUGUAGCGUCUCGCGGAGUCAAAUUAUCGAGUGCACGUUUGUAUAUUUUUGUCUGUGCGCGUGCAGUCGUCAGCUGGUUGAUACAAUAUGUGGUCGCGCCGCGUUCUGCUAGUCGCGGUGGCGGUCUGGGCCACGGCGGCACCAUCCACUGCCGAACUACUGGAAAUGGUGCUUUUGCACACCAAUGACAUGCACAGCCGAUUCGACGAGACGGACGCGUAUUGCAACGAGUGUCGUGAACAGGAUAUUGCGCAGAACAUAUGUUACGGCGGAUUUGCUCGAGUGGCCGCAGUGGUUAAACAGGAAAAAGCCAAAGCCAAGGAACAAAACCUGCCGUCGUUGUUCGUGGUGGCCGGCGACACUUACCAGGGUACGCCGUACUUCUCGUUUUUCAAAUGGAAACCCGUAGUCGACUUUAUCAACCAACUCAAACCCGACGUCACGACUUUGGGAAAUCACGAAUUCGACGGCGGUGUUCAGGGCUUGAUUCCAUACUUAAACCUUACGACAAGCAUACCUGUCGUCGUAUCCAAUAUGGAUCUGACAAAAGAACCGGAAUUGACAAAAUUUAUUCGUACGUCUUAUGUGUUGACACUAAAUGGUACCAAAGUGGGAUUCGUUGGAUAUCUGACACCAGACACAAAGAAUUUAGCGCAAAUCGAUGGCGUUCAAUUAUUGGAUGAAAUAGAAACAUUGAAAAAAGAAUCAAAACGUCUACGGGACCAAGGAGUAAAUAUCAUCAUAGGUUUAGGACACAGCGGCAUCGAAAGAGACAUACAGAUUGCGAAACAAGUGGAAGACAUCGACUUGAUCGUUGGUGGUCAUUCGCACACUUUUCUCUAUACCGGUGAACCUCCUGAUAUCGAUAAGCCGAUGGGCCCGUACCCUGUACUUGUAAAUUCAACGAACGGUAAAGUGAUACCCGUUCUACAAGCGUACGCACACACCAAGUACCUAGGUAAAGUCAAUAUUCGAUUUGACUCUGCAGGAAACUUGUUGGAAAUCAACGGCUCUCCAAUUUUAUUAAACUAUAAAAUUGAAAAAGAUCAAGAAAUGGAAGCGAUUGUCAAACAGUGGAAACCUAAAAUUGUCGAAGUAACAAGCGUAAAAGUUGGUCAUACCAUCGUCGAACUAAUGAAUACAUGCCAUACAUCCGAGUGUAAUUUAGGAAAUCUCAUAGCCGACGCAUUUGUAUUUUACAACCUUCGAAACACCAAUCAAAGUAUAACACAAUGGACUGACGCCUCAAUUGGAAUUAUUCAAGCCGGCGGUAUUAGGAGUUCCAUAAAUGAGACUGGGCACGACGGUGAUAUUUCUAUGGGACAGUUGUUAACUGUUAUGCCUUUUAUUAAUAAAUUAAUAAAACUAACAAUUCCCGGAAGCAGCGUCUUAGAAGCAUUUGAAAAUAGCGUUUUUGAUUAUGACGCCACCAGAGGCAGCAAUCAAUUUUUACAAGUAUCUGGAGCAUUGGUGGAAUACGACAUAACUAGGCCUCCAGGAAACCGAGUAGUUAAGCUUUUCCUCCGAUGCAGAGAAUGUCAAGUGCCCAAAUAUGAACCCAUCAUUCUAAAUGCCAACUACACAUUAAUCAUGCCAGAAUACAUAGCUAUGGGCGGAGAUAAAUUUACUUCAUUCGCAAAAGAACCUAGAGAAACUCAACCCAUUGGUGUAGAAGACUACAAUGCAACAGCCGUGUACAUGAAAAUGAUAAGUCCCAUUACCGUUGGGGUAGAAAACAGAAUCAGUUUCACAGUUAAUAAUGACAGUAGCAGUGCAGCUAAUCGAUAUGCAAGAAUUACAGACAUUUUAAUCAUAAGUGUCUUGACCGUAUUUGUUCACCAAUAUUAUUAUUUCCUAUAAAUUAAUAUAUGACAUACUCACAUUUGUAAUUAUAAAAAUAUCCAUUUUUAAAAAUUUUCGUUUUG